AUGGAUGAAGAGGGCCACAUCAUACACAUUGAUUUUGGCUUCAUGCUCUCUAAUUCUCCUGGUGGUGUAAAUUUUGAAAGUGCACCCUUCAAACUAACCCGAGAACUUCUUGAGGUAAUGGAUUCUGAUGCUGAGGGAGUUCCAAGCGAGUUCUUUGACUAUUUUAAGGUUUUAUGCAUUCAAGGCUUCUUGACAUGUCGUAAGCAUGCAGAACGUAUUAUUCUCCUUGUUGAGAUGUUGCAGGAUUCUGGUUUCCCUUGCUUUAAAGGUGGUCCACGGACAAUACAGAACCUAAGAAAGCGAUACCAUCUAAGUUUGACAGAAGAGCAAUGUGUGUCCUUAGUGCUCUCUCUGAUCAGCAGCAGCUUAGAUGCAUGGCGGACACGGCAGUAUGAUUAUUAUCAAAGGGUUUUGAAUGGAAUAUUGUGA